UUAGUUUCCGGUUAUGAGAGUUCCCCUGUCUGCUUGGCGUUUUGCCGUUUGUGUCACGCUCGGUGUUAGGGGUUGGUCGUCUGGCACAGGGGCUACGGGAAUGGCUAAGAGCAAAUUUGAGUAUGUUCGGGAAUUUGAAACAGAUGAUACGUGUCUGCGGAAUUGCUGGGUGGUGGUCAGGCUGGAUGGCAGGAACUUCCACAGAUUCUCAGAGCAACAUAACUUUACCAAACCCAAUGACAUCCGUGCUCUGCAGCUCAUGAACAGAUGUGCCCAGAAUGUUAUGCAAGAGCUGGAUAACAUCUGCUUGGCAUAUGGGCAAAGUGAUGAGUACAGCUUUGUCUUCCAUAAAAAUUCCAACUGGUACAAAAGGAGAGCAAGCAAGUUCAUGACACACGUGGUCUCACAAUUUGCCUCCAGCUAUGUCUUCUACUGGAAGGAAUUCUUCCCGGAUCAGCCAAUCCUGUAUCCUCCUGGAUUUGACGGCCGAGUUGUGUUGUAUCCCAGUAACCAAAACUUGAAGGAUUAUCUGAGCUGGAGACAGGCUGACUGUCACAUUAACAACCUAUACAAUACAGUGUUCUGGUCACUUGUACAGAAAGGGGGUUUAUCACCAUCACAAGCACAGGAAAGGCUGAAGGGAACUGUUGCUGCAGACAAGAAUGAAAUAUUGUUUACGGAAUUUAACAUCAACUACAACAAGGAGCCUCUGGUUUAUAGAAAAGGAUCUAUUCUUGUUUGGCAGAAGGUGGAUGAUGUCAGCAAGAAGAGGAUAAAGCUGCCCCAUGAAUCAGAAGAGAGGGAGAUUGAAGUGUCACGGACAAGAAAUGAGACUGUUAUAUUACAUUGUGAUGUCAUAGGAGACGAGUUUUGGCAGGAUCAUCCUUUAUGAGAACUUUGAUCCCCUUUGGUUAUAGUAAUUUACAAUUGUUUUUAUAUAAUGUAAUCUUAAUAAAGAUUUUAGAGAACAUUGGUGUUAAAUAUAUUAAUGACCUGAAAUGUAUUUAAAUAAAGAAUUUCCCCUAAAGGA